AUGAGACAGCAAUUGUCGCCACUGUGGCAACAAAAAGACGAGCUAGUGAACUUGGUGACCAAAGAUCGUGAUCUUGUGUGUGGAAAAUUUUCAAACAAAUUCACAAACAAAGAUGCAGAGAAAAAGUGGAUAGCUAUAACAUCAAAAUUAAAUUCUAUUCCAGGGGGUCAGAAAGACUGGAAGCAGUGGCGAAAGACAUGGCAAGACAUAAAAAGUCGUACAAAAACAAAAAAAGCAUCUAUAAAUAGAUAUGAAAGGGGAACAGGUGGAGGCCCUCCAAUUCAAAACAUUACUCCAGUUGAGGAGAAAGUUAUUUCAGUAAUAAGCAAAACAGCAAUCUUAGGAGAAACCUGUAUCAAUGAAUCUCAAAUAGAAUUUGAUUUUGAUGAUGACAUGGAAGCCCCAGUGGAAACCCUACCAAUAGACGAUGCCAUUGUAUUGGAAGUCAAUUUAGACGAUUCAAUUGAAUUGGAAGAAAAACCGAAUGAGGAAGUUCCACUGGAAAAGCAAGUAACAAAAUUGGGGACUCCAAGGAAGCACCCUACGAAAACAAUUAAAAGAACAGCAGCUGCCUCACAGUUAAUGACAUCAGCUAAAGCAACAACAUCAUUAGCAAACAUAUCAGAAGAAAGGCUUGCCUUUGAAAAAGAAAAAUUUCAAUUUAAAAAGCAGAAGUUCGAUUUUAUGAAAUCCUACAGAGAAAGAAAAUUGGUUCUUUUAGAGAGACAAGCCGAAGCUCUUGAAGCUUUAGCUAAUAAAAGCUUGUUUGAAACUGUUUAAUUAUCUACUUAAUAUUUUGCAGACAAGUAUUUAUACGU